AAAUUAUUUGAAUUUAAAGCGAAAUAAAUAAAAAAAAAAUAAUUAGGUGCCGCCCUCUAUGAACUUCUAGAAGAUGGCCUUUAUUUAAUGGCUGCCUGAGGAUUUCAUCGUAGCCAUAUUCUACUGUGUUUUCUGAAAAAAAUCACAGACGAGAAUGGCUGGGAAACUCUUGGUUUCGUGCUUGAGGCUCAACAGCCGAGUGUUGCCGAUGCGGAUGAUGUCCAGCGAUGUCCCAUAUCAGCCUCAUUAUUUAACGAAAAUCGGCAAACGUGAGAUCGUCGGCUACGGAAUGAAUGGAGAGCCCCAUUACAUGGACCUCUGGGACUAUCCUUUCCCAUCAAUCAGAUUCAAGGAAAUAACCCCUGACCUUCAGGUCCUCAAAGAGAAAGAAAAGGGUGACUGGAAAAAAUUAUCAUUAGAUGAAAAAAAAACGCUCUACCGUGCGAGCUUCUGUCAGACAUUCGCUGAGCUCGAAGCACCAGACGGUUACUGGAAAUGUAUCACCGGGUGUGUGCUCAUCGGAAUAAGUUUAGCCCUUUGGAUGUUCAUGUACAUUAAAUUCUACGUUUACUCACCGCUACCAGAAUCAUUCUCACCAGAAUCACAAGCUGCUCAGCUCAAACGUAUGAGACAGCUGGAUGUCAACCCUAUUUGGGGUAUCAACAAACGUACACCAGAAGAGCUGGCUAAGAAGAAGAAGAAGAAGGAAGAAUAAUUUGACGGUCAUUUAUAAUUACCAUCAAAUAAAUCUUAGUUUACGCCGCGGUAGGAGUUGUAAUUAUUUAAAUUAAAACUAAAAAUUUAAAUUAAAUAAAAUUCACUGUAAGUAUUGUUACAUGAUCAUUGAUAAGGCAUUCAAUGAAAUAAACAGCUAAUAAAAUGCCAUUAUUAUUAUAUAAAAAAAAA